ACUGAGACCAUCAUUUGCAUUUCUCACUUGAAACGGCUCCUCCUCCAUGUUCAUCAACUACGCUGCGACGGUACCCACCCACAAAACCCUAAUAAAAGCUUCAGGAGCCGCCAAGAUCAGUUUCAAUGGCGCUUAAUCUCGCCAGACCUAAGCAAAGGUUACAUUCUAAUCCAUCACUCAUUCACCUUUUCUCAACCUCUUCCUCCUCCUCUUCAUCAUCUCCUCAAGACGGGAACGAAUCUAGCGAACACCGCUCUCAAUCACCGUCUUCUACUACAUCUUCGCCUCCGUCGGAUUUCAAAAUCCCAUCCUACUUCAGUGGUAUCAAAAGCAGCCUGAAACAGAGUCAGCCUCAGGAUGGGAGGAGACAGUUCCCCAGGUUCGAUAGCAAAGCUCAAAAUCCAUCGCCGUCGCUCUCCGGUAACCAAAUCGGCGGCCGAAUUCAGGAAAUCAGGAGGAAUCUGAACGAGUUCCGAAGCAGAGAAGCAGCUCCUUCGCCGAGGGAUUGGCAGGAUGUUUACAAACAGAAUGUGUUAUCGAAAUCUGGAGAUUCGUAUGGGACUCGUAAAAUCGAGGGUACGUCAUUUGCAAGAGUAAAGGAGAACUUGAGGCAGAUGAGACCACAAGAAGGCAAAUGGGCCAGUUUAUCUGGGUUACAGAACACUAUGAAGACGCAAUUCAAUACAAAUCUCCGUUCAAAUGUAAUCGGAGGAGAAGGAUUGCCACAUUCAGUGUUUGCCGAGGAGUUAGAACAAGGGAACGACGACGCUGAGGAUAUGAAAUCGGAGUUUUACAAGAGUUAUGAUCCUUACGAAUUGGGAGAGAAGCUAAGAUUGUAUAGACCAGAAGGAAAGAAAGAACAAGGUUGGUUCUCACUACAGGAGCUGAAUCAGAGGCUUGUUAAGCUUAGGGCGAUGGAAGAGGAACAUGCACAGAGAACGAGUAGUUCAGCGCAUCCCUCAAUCGUCAAAGAGUUGAGGUCUGAGAUUCAAAAAGCCAAGGCUGCG